AUGUUCAGAGGUGUGCGGUGGGUGGAUCCAAUGUUGGAACUUGGCUGUAACCACUGGCCUAUGAACGAGUUCAACCCGACAAUUCUCGGGUUCUACGGAUUUCUAAGGUCCCUCUGUGCAGAUUUGGAAGAUCUCAAGGGGCUCGGAGACCAUCUUGCUUACAUUGAUGAGGUGGUUUUCGAAUCCCUUCGGAAUGACCAGCAUGCGGAUGGGCUACGAGGCUCGUUGAAGGCAUUUGAUCGGUUCGGACAUAUUUUCUUGUCUCAGUUAGACGAGGCACUUUCGUGCGCUACAUCGUUUUACACCUCCCUUUCCCGCACCAGUUCGAUCCAAACAUUCACCCGAAUGGAAACAAAUGCACAAUCUCGCUACGUCCUCGAGUUAUUCAACAGUCGAAACCAAAGGCUACUCGCUAAGAAGACGGUGACUGCAUUGGAGCUUGCUCAACGACUUGUUCAGACACAAGUCUUCCCCCUCCUCCCUGCCCUGCGAAAGAGGAUUGAAACCUAUUCAAACGAGUUCAAGGGUAGAUGCAAUGCGACCCGAGAGCGGGAAAGAUCAUGGUUACCCAUCGCCAUUCAGGAUCUGAUUUGGGACAAACCUCAGAGCGUUCAGUCACGCAAGCUCGCAGACGUAGAGCUGCUUUUCAGUGACUUUGAGACGUCGUAUCGGCUGUUACAUCUUUUCCCGAUACUCUGCGAGCGUUUAUCCGCUCAUUUUGUGCACAUCUCGGGAUUGAACUCGGACCAGCUGGAAGGAGUCGAUACCUCAAUAGAGGGUGACUUGUUGCAGCUGUACAUCAACCGAGAAGAAGCUCGAAUGCUGCUUCAACGAAUGUAUCAAAUGAUGGCUCCGAUGGAAAGAGCCUUCCGCCGUGGCUCUCUGGAUGACCUAGGGUAG